GCAUGAGCAGAGUUAGCUUCACUGCUGUAUUAUAGUAUGAAUGAGAAAUAUCAGAGCGUUAAAGUAACGAUGUGUUCAGUUGAGUAUCUGAGAGAGUUGAUCAGCGACAGACUAGCUGCUGCUGCUGGAGAAAUAUUCUCAGAGUUUGAAAAAAACAUCGUCCAGUACCAGGAGGAGAUCGAUCGUCAGCGCAGACUGCUGGAUGUCAUCUGGAAACCACACAUCCCCUUACAGCCCAUAGAGCUCCCACAGUCUUAUGUCUGUGAGAAUGAGAAGACUGUUGUUGACCAUCAGCCCCAUGACCAGGAGAGAAACUCCGUGGUGGACCAUGAGGACCCAGAGCCUCCACGGAUUAAAGAUCAGCAGGAGGAACUCUGCACCAGUCAGGACCAAUCAAACCCAGAGAUUUCUCAAAUUAAAAUGGAACAGGAAGAAUUGUGCACCAGUCUGGACCAAUUAGACCCAGGGUUACCACAAAUUAAAGUGGAACAGGAUGAACUCUGCUCCAGUCAGGAGGAAGAGUUAAUUGGAUUGAAACAGGAGACUGAUACCUUUGAGGUGACUCCUGCUGAUGAGGAAAGUGACCACAGUGAACCAAAACCAAACAGUGAUCAGCUCCUGUUUCACAUCUCUUGUGUAGCUGAGAGCCCAGAUCAGGAAGGAAGCAAGGAUGUAGACUCAGGAUCAACUAGAUGUAUCGAGCUGAAACCAAGACAUCAGAGUAACAACAGUCACAGUAAUGAUGUAGACAAUGCUCCAACAUCAGCGAGACAGUGUGAUAAUGACAAGGCAACAAAAUCUGCAACUUGCAAAGUCUGUGGAAAAGCUUUUAGUCGUAAAUCAGAUUUAAUCAAACAUCACAGAACCCACACAGGUGAGAAGCCAUAUUCUUGUGAAACCUGUGGAAAAAGCUUCAGUCAACGGGUCAAUUUGACUGUUCACAUGAGAUGUCACACAGGUGAGAAGCCGUAUGUUUGUGGAACCUGUGAAAAAAGCUUUCGUCAACGGACCUCUUUGACUGACCAUAUGAGAUGUCACACAGGUGAGAAGCCAUAUUCUUGUGGAACCUGUGAAAAAAGCUUUAGUCAACGGACCUCUUUGACUGACCAUAUGAGAUGUCACACAGGUGAGAAGCCAUAUUCUUGUGGAACCUGUGAAAAAAGCUUUAGUCAACGGACCUCUUUGACUGACCACAUGAGAUGUCACACAGGUGAGAAACCAUAUGUUUGUCACAUUUGUGGAAAAAGAUUUUCUAGUUCAUCAGCACAUAAUAGGCACAUGGCAGUUCACAAAAUGGGAAAACCAUAUUCCUGUGGAACCUGUGGUAAAAGCUUUAGUCGACAGGACCAUUUGACUGUCCACAUGAGAUGUCACACAGGUGAGAAGCCAUAUUCUUGUGGAACCUGUGGAAAAAGCUUUAAACAUAAUUAUCAAUUAAAAGCCCACAUGAGAAUCCACACAGCUGAGAAGUCCUGAUCCUGAAACAUCUGUGGAAAACAUAAUGUCAGAAUUAAGGUUGAAACAACAUGUAAGAAUUGGUACAGGUUAAAAGUAGAUGUUUUAGAUUUAAAGCAGCUUUAGUCUGUGCUUCAACAACAACUGUGAGGAAGUAUGUAAGCAAUCCUUGAUGAUUAGACCAGAUGGAGUCUGGACUGUGGUGGUGGAGCAGCAGGCAGAAGAACCAAACUGAAUGUCUGGAUGGAUAUGGUAUUGGUACAGACUACUACAUUUCUGCUAUCAUGACAUCCUUCAUCAGCAGAGCAGUGAUUGGAGAUAAUGUGAAGCUGUUUGGAACAUUUUCACUUUCUGCUGAGAGAACAUGGCUGUUCAGGUGUGAACAUACUGCUGGAAUCCACUCAGCUUGAGCUCUGCUGUCUUUCAAGUAAAAGGAGGCAACGAGAUACAGAGACAUUGUGACAGUAGGACACAACAGAGUGUGUCACUGCAGCAGAGGAGAUCUGGACGUGAAAUAAAGUUGUAAUAAAACGUC